CUAUGGGCGUCUCGCGAUGGUGAGGCAGCUGCCCACCAUUUCCAUCUUGUACUUGUCGCUCAGCAGGUUGAAGGUGGCAUGGCGGUCGUUGAACAAGCGCCGCACAUCCAGCUGCAGCCGCGCAGCCCAGAUAAGGGCCGACGCCUUGCGCGCGGGGGGUCUGGAGCCAAUGGGUCUGGAGACAAAGCCGGCAAGCACCGCUACCAGCGACCCAUAGAACUUAUCGACCGUCACACCGACACGCGGAUUCUCUGCGAACGGCACAUGUCGUUUGAUACAUAUUUGCCUGCCCCCCUGCCUCCCUGUGCUUUGUGCUUUGUGCUUUGUGUGUAUUUUUGCGCCCCUUACCGUACACAUGGAACUUGACUUCCUUGAAGGCCGGCCGGUUGUGGCUGGCCCACUCCUGCAGAGGCCGGCUAUGCUCCAAGAUGCUCGAUGCCGACGUACUAAUCGUCAGUGAUUCGAAUGCCCUCUUGCUCCCGCGCAGCUGGCGCGUCAUUGCGUCGAGCAGCGACAUGACCUGGAUGAGUGACGCGCAAGGGGGCCAUGGCCCGAAAUCGAUGUGGUUGCAUUGGGGCAUGCCGGCGGUGACGGCCUUGGCGAGGCUAUCGACGGUCUGCUGGGAGGGGGGAGUGUCGGUGUUGUAGGUCAAUGCGUAAGCGCGGGGGAAGUGUGUGGUAGUGGCAGUGCCUGUCAGGUCUCCACCACUGUACCGCACGUCGCGGACGAGGCCGACAAUGUCACCCACAAUCUUCUGCACUUGAUGGUCGACAGCAGAAAGCAAAAUCGUCCCCGAUGGCGUGAAAGUACUCCACCCCGCGGCCAAUCCAAGAACAAGCUUCUGCACCUGAUGGCAUACGGACACGCAUAGAUCAUAUUUGCCCCACGGGUGUCGUCACGGUGCAUGUAGCAGGCACACACACCUGAGGUGACUUGUCGGCUGCCCAUUCGACCAGCGAUAUGUCUGCUCUACAGUUCUGGGUGACCGUCAGCUGGUCGAGGGCCUCUGGCCGCAUCACCGCCUCCGCCAACCGCCCCACCUCAAGCAGCAGCUUCUUGUCCUCUGCGUCGGCGGCAUCA